AUGGACGAAGACCCUGAUGACUCUCCGAAAAAACCGGCUCGUUAUGUCGAAAUUCCCGAAUUUGACCCGGAACACAAUUUAAAAAGGAUUCGCGAAGUUUUCCAAGUCUCGACACGGAUACAGGAAUUGGUGAGAUCACGAAAGCAAAGUCCUCCACAGACACCGAAAACCCAAAGUGACUCAAAAGAACAAUUGACCUUAGCCAAGGACCGUCGAGCUGAUCGCCUUUCACUCAUCACGUCACGCGAGCGCUACAUUUUAGACAUUUCUGCCGAAUUGCUGAACGUCGAUCCGGAAAUUCUCAUUGAAGGUGUUUGUGACAGCGAUCGUUACAUUGAAAUCCUAGAAAAUUUCUUCGAAAAAGACGGAAUUCCUCUCAUCGUCGUCGGUUAUCAACUCAUGCCCGCUCCUGGACCCGAUUCCGGUCGAUAUCAGUACAAAUUGCGACACGAAAAGGUCGUCAACGGCUUCGUCACGGAUGGAGAAGUGCCAUUGACCGAACGUUGUGUCGUCGCUUAUCGUCAAAAUUGCGCCAAACAACUGGAAAUUGCCACGCUGCCCGAUGAAGUCACAAUUUUUCUGCUGGAAGUGGACAAAUCUGUCUCUGUUCUGACUGGAUUGAAGCAAAUUUUGGGCCAAAAUUCAAAAAUUGGCUUGAAAAAUCCCGCCUACUACGGUAAUGCCAAAGAAAGUCACAAAAUGGAAUUUUUGCAUGGAGUCAACAUGUUUACGCGAUUUAUGACCAGUUCCGAGCAAUAUCUCGAUCGUUCGGUAAUUUUCGAAGUGCCACAUGACUUGUACAAAGGACAUUUGUUGGUGCCGCAUCAAAUUCUGGAGACUUCACGUGACAAAAAUCGCGUUGCUGAAGUUGAGAAACACUUUAAACGAUGGUUGACCCAAAUGCGGACCGUUAUUCAAGAAACAGACCAAAUCAAGCAAGAUCCUGCGACAGUCGGACCCUUGGAUGAAUUAGAGUACCGCAGAAAUAUUCUCGCAAAAUACACCGCAAUCGUGGAAUUUGUCGAAACAAAGGAAUUUAACAAUUUCCUGACUGUCUUGAAAAUGACACGUUCGAAAUUGGUGCAAUUAUGGAAGGAAGUGGACAAUUACAUCACGUGCGAGAUAAAUCAGGCACGAGAUAAUGUGCGGCACGUCGAACUACUUGAACGGUUUUGGGAUCCUUUGUAUCGUUGCGAUCCGCCGACGUUAAAGAAUUACUUGCCGGGAUUGAUGAUGGGGAUAAGGAACGUUUACAAGAACUCUUCAUUUUAUAACAACUCGAUAACGAUUGUCGGACUCAUCACGAAGAUAACAAAUCAACUAAUUCUGGCGUGCUGGCAAUAUUUGACGGAGAAGGGAACAAAAACGAUUUGGGAUCAAAAGAAAUCUGCGGUAAUUGAUAAAAUGGAACAUUGUAAGGAACUGAAGGAGCAUUAUGUGAGUGCUUAUACUUACACGCUCGAACAAAUGGAAGACGAUCCGAACGAAGAACCAUGGGAAGGGUCGUUUUCGUACAUUUUUGGGAAAUAUGAUACCUUUUUAACGAGACUUGAGAUGAUAAAAACCGUCCUGGAAACGUACCUCAAAUACUCAAUUUUGGGUCGCAUCCAAAUAUCUGGCAUGGAAGUCUUCCACGAACGAAUUUUAGCUGCUUAUAAAACGAUCGCUACAAAACCUUACGAUCCUCUGGUAGAUCCACAUAAAUUUUUAACGGAAGAUUUUAACGUCUUCCAAAAAGAAGUCGAAGUCACGGAACUACAAAUGCAGAAAUUUGUCAAAGAAAUGCUCUUCCCAAUACCCACAAGUGAGAGUCGUUUAUUGAUCAUGAAACGAUUCGAAGCCCUAAACUUGGAUUGUCUCUGCUUGGACAGACGUUAUUUGGACAUUGCUCAGAUGUUGGAGAAGGAAAUUGAGGCAGUUAAGGACAUUUACAACGAAAAGCGUCACGAUCCGCCGCUGGGAUGGAAUCAAUCGUCAAUUAUUGGUCGCAUUCGAUGGGCUCGCGCACUUUUUGCACGAAUUAAUGAGCCAAUGGAAGCUUUGAAGUCCAACGAUUGCGUCAUUCAACACAAAAAGGCUCAAUUAUGUGUCAAAUAUUACAAUUACAUGUCUUCCGUGCUGCUGCAUUACGAACUUUUGUAUCACAAAGCUUGGUACGAUUAUGCCGAUCAAAUUCGGUCGAAGCUGGAACAACCAAUUCUCGUCAAAGAUCCCGACACGAAUUUGCUCCAAGUGAAUUUGAGUGAAUAUGUGCCGCAAGUCAUCAAAGAGACGGAAGCGAUGUGGCAGCUGGGCUUGGAAGUGCCGGAACAAGUGGGAACUCUCACAUAUUGCAAGCAUAAAGUGCUAAAUGUGGCGGAAGUGCUCAAAGAAUUAAUUUCGAGAAAUGAUAAAUUACGUCGAAGUAUCCCAAUACAACUUUUGAACCUGAUGCGGAUGCAACUUUUGGCUCUGGAAAAUGCUUUUGCUCCCGGAUUAUCAACAAUCACUUGGUUAUCGCAAGAAAUGGAAAUUUUCCUCAAAAAUACCGACAAAAUCCUCACCGAAACCGAAUGUUUCAUGAAACGCGCGAACGAUAUUUUACAAAAUCGCAUUGAAAAACAGCUCAAAGUCGUGGAAGGGAUAAAACUUAUUCUCGUGCCUGAUGAGCCGAUCGACAGCGCAAAGUUCUACGAGCUUAAUAGUGACUUCCGGAUGCAACAAGGACGAAAACUUGAAAUUUACUCGCAAUCCAUUGAGAAAUCUGUUAUUGAAUUGAUCAAUAGUUUCGUUGAUGUCAUUCAAGUUCCAGAUAUCGAUGAUCAAGGUCGUUCGAAAUUCAUGAUUCCCAUGGAAGAACUUGAUGAUAAGAACUGGAGGACGGAACUUCCGAAGCCUGUGGAUAAAUAUGACUGGAUUUCCUUUGAGAAAAUUGGAAAAGCGGUUUCUUUUCCGGGACCGGAGGAACAUGAGAGACUCCGUUUUAAGGAAUAUGAUGGACUGAAAUAUGACGUGACGUUGAUGCACAUCGAUUGUAUGGAGAUUUUUGCGUAUUACAAUCAAAAAAUGAUCGCGGCGUUAGUGAGAUGCACAAAAUCUUCGUUGGAAAAGUUGAAGGAACGAUUAUUUUUAAUAUUUUUCAGUGAAGACGAAGAAUCAGAAAUUCAACCAGUGCAACCGAUUUUCCGCACAGAUGCUUUGCUUGACAUCCCUCAAUGCAUAAUUCGUCCAGAUUUGCACGAAAUGAACUCCAAUUACGAGAAAAUUGUGAAAAAUAUCAUUGAAGCAAGUUAUUCUGUGUCAACUUGGGGACGCAAAGCCAAGACUCCGGCACGAGAACUUUUGAAAAAGCAACUUGAUGAAGUGAGACAUCCUAGAAAUUAUUUCGAAACAAUUUACGAUCACAAGGAAAUUCGGUCGUUCCGUGGGACAUUUGAGGGAGGAGUAUUGGUGCUCGAUCGAGAAAUUAAUGAAUUUUUACAGAGCUUGUAUGACAAAUACGAAUAUUUGUGGCGAGAAACGCGCUUGGAUGACAUCAAUGAGUUUCUGGCGUCAAAAGAACCGGAAGAUCUUGAGCCCGAUGUUUAUCCAAAGUUCAAAAAGACUCCAAUUGAGAGACUAACAGUCGAUAUUCGAGAUAAAUUUUAUGAAUUUUCUCCUCCCGCAAUCGAAGCAAUCGCCCACGAAUCAAAACAGUGGAAAAACCUCCUCGCCCAAGAACUUCGCGAAAAAAACAAAAAAGUCAUGGAAGAAAUUUCGGAAUUCAUCACGGAACAUGUCAAAACUCUCAACCGUAAAUUACAAGAUUUGGACGAUGUUCGUCUUGCAAUGACUUGUCUCGACCAGAUCAGCAGCGUUUUCUACCAAUUUGACAAAAGUAUCAGCACAAUUGAAGAAAAUUACGCUCUUUUGUACAAAUUCAACAUUGAAGUCCCCUUUGAGGAAAUGGAACGUGUCGAAGGCGUCCGUUACAAUUUCACAAACAUGAUGAGUGGCGCCGAAAACGUUCAUCGCACAAUUUUAGCUUUACAGGAACCGUUACAAGUGGAAUUAACUGAAGGCGUUGCCAAGUUCAACGAAGAAGUCGGGGAGUUUGACCGAGAUUUCGACGAAAAAGGACCAAUGGUGCCUGGUUUGGCGGCGAAAGAAGCAAGUGACAGGUGUCUCUUGCUCAAAGGUCGCUUCGACGAGCUAUGGCGCAAAUAUGAGAUGUACGAAAGUGGCGAAAAACUUUUUGGACUUCCAAUCAACGAAUAUCCGAUCCUCAUCAAACGAAAACGCGAAUUUAACUUACUGGAGAAACUCUAUUCGUUGUAUUUACGUGUCAUGUCCGACAUUGACAGCUUCUUCGAGACUUCUUGGAUGAACGUUGAUAUCGAAUUCAUCAAUUCCCGCAUCACGCAGUUCCAAAAUGAUUGUCGUCGUUUGCCUCCCGGACUGAAAACGUGGCCCGCAUUCAUUGAACUCAAGAAAAAAAUCGACGACUUUAGUGAUUCUUGUCCACUUUUGGAGCUCAUGGCGGGCGAAGGCAUGAAAGAUCGUCAUUGGGAGCGCUUGGAAAAUACGUUAAACACCAAAUUAGACGUUGAAUCACCUUCUUAUUUAUUGGGAGAUGUCAUGAAAGCGCCUCUGCUGCAAUUCAAAGACGACAUUGAGGACAUUUGCGUUGGCGCCAAUAAAGAAAAGGACAUUGAAGCGAAACUCAAGCAAGUAAUCAGCGACUGGUCCAAUGUAAACAUCCAAUUUUCCGUUUUUAAAGGACGAGAAUUGCUCAUAAAAGCUCAGGAAGCGAUCGAAAUAAUUUCGUUGCUCGAAGAUAGCAUCAUGAUCAUGAAUUCUCUCGCAAGUAAUCGUUACAACGCCCCGUUUAAGAAGGAAAUUCUACUUUGGUUAUGGAAACUCGUGACAACCGGUGAAGUUUUAGAAAAAUGGUUGAUCGUGCAAAACUUGUGGAUGUACUUGGAAGCUGUCUUCGUUGGUGGGGACAUCGCAAAACAACUUCCCGCUGAGGCAAAACGCUUUUCCAACAUCGACAAGAUAUGGCGCGAUAAGAUAAUGAUACGAGCGCAUGAAAUCCCGAACGUGGUAGCGGUUUGCACGGACGAUGAUAUUGUCUCGUCAUCGUUGAAUUUUUUGCUGGAACAACUCGAGGCAUGUCAAAAGGCUUUAACGGGAUAUUUGGAGUCAAAACGCUUGAUUUUCCCGCGUUUCUUCUUCAUUUCGGACCCAGUGAUGCUGGAAAUCCUCGGACAAGCCUCAAAUCCAGCGGCGAUCCAACCGCAUCUUUUAAGCAUCUUCGAUGCCGUUGCUAAAGUUGAAUUCGACAAGGAACGUCCCGAUAAAAUAAUCGCUUUACUCUCGGCAAAUGGCGAACGAAUCCCGUUAGAAGCUGAUAAACAAGUAAUUUGCACUGGCGGAGUCGAAAUUUGGCUCGGAAAACUAUUGUUAGCGAUGCAAGAGUCAAUUAAGGGAAUUUUAGCACAAAUGGCGCAAAGUUUAAGCGAUCCUGAGUUCGAAUUCAUCACCGGCUUCCAAAAUUUUCCCGGGCAAGCAGGUUUAAUUGGAGUUCAGUUACUUUGGACACGUGAUUCGGAGUUUGCUUUAAGAAAAAGUCGCACCGACAAGACGAUCAUGAAGAAAACCAACGAAAAAACGAACAAUUUAUUGAACGAAUUGAUCGCUUUAACGGUCAAGGACUUGACAAAGCUCCAACGGAUCAUUUUUGAGACCAUGGUGACGAUCCACGUGCAUCAAAGAGACAUCUUCGACGAUUUAUAUCGCUUGAAAAUCCGAAAUUCCAACGAUUUUGAGUGGCAAAAGCAAGCGAGGUUCUAUUACGAGUUCGAUACUGACGAUAUUACCGUAAAAAUUACCGACGUGGAUUUUUUGUACCAAAACGAGUACCUGGGAGUCGUUGAACGUUUAGCUAUUACCCCGUUAACGGAUCGUUGUUACAUCACCUUGGCUCAAGCGAUCGGUAUGUCACUCGGAGGCGCUCCUGCAGGCCCCGCUGGUACCGGAAAGACCGAAACCACCAAGGAUAUGGGACGAGCGCUGGGAAAAUUGGUCGUUGUCUUCAAUUGUUCCGAUCAAAUGGACUUCAGAGGCUUAGGAAGGAUUUACAAAGGACUUGCGCAGUCAGGUUCCUGGGGAUGCUUCGACGAAUUCAACAGAAUUGAGUUACCAGUGUUGUCAGUAGCGGCCCAACAAAUUUAUAUCGUCCUCAUGGCACGUCGGAUGAAGAAAAAAGAGUUUAUUUUCUCGGAUGGCGACGUUGUCUCACUAAAUCCGGAGUUUGGACUCUUUAUUACGAUGAAUCCUGGGUAUGCGGGACGUCAAGAACUCCCGGAAAACUUGAAAAUUAUGUUUAGAUCGGUCGCUAUGAUGGUUCCCGAUCGACAAAUUAUCAUGCGAGUCAAAUUAGCGUCAUGUGGAUUCAUCAACAACGUCGAAUUGGCGCGGAAAUUCUUCGUUUUAUACAAAUUGUGUGAGGAACAACUCUCGAAACAAGUUCAUUAUGACUUUGGACUUCGAAAUAUUUUGUCAGUACUUCGAACGUUGGGUGCCCAGAAGCGAGCAAACCCCACUGACACUGAAGAUACCAUCGUGAUGCGCGUUUUGCGUGACAUGAAUGUCUCAAAACUCGUAGAUGAAGAUGAGCCACUGUUCAAAAGUUUGAUUGAAGAUCUUUUCCGUGGCAUUAAACUCAGUACAGCUACUUACAAAGAGCUUCAAAAGGCAAUUUCGACCUCUUGUGACGAAAUGGGACUCGUAAAUCACGAUGAAUUUAACCUAAAAGUGGUGCAACUUUAUGAAACGUCUCUCGUGCGGCAUGGAUUAAUGACCUUAGGACCAACGGGAGCCGGAAAAACCAAAAGUAUCAACGUCUUAUUGCGUAGUUUCACGAUUUGUGGGCAGCCGCAUCGAGAAAUGAGGAUGAAUCCGAAAGCAAUUACCGCGCCACAGAUGUUUGGAAGACUCGAUGUUGCUACAAACGAUUGGACUGACGGGAUUUUCAGUACUUUGUGGCGGAGAACACUCAAAAUUAAGCCUACCGAGUUUUGUUGGCUCGUACUUGAUGGUCCCGUUGAUGCGGUUUGGAUUGAAAAUUUAAAUUCCGUGUUGGAUGACAAUAAAACGCUUACUUUGGCGAACGGCGAUCGAAUUGUGAUGGCGCCAAAUUGUAAAUUAGUGUUUGAACCGGAUAACGUGGAUAAUGCGUCGCCAGCUACCGUUAGUCGGAUGGGAAUGAUCUUUAUUUCGGCUUCGGUCAUGAAAUGGAGUCCGAUUUUGGAGGGUUGGCUGAAGACGAGACCGAGUGAGCAGGCGGAUAUUUUACGGGGAUUCUUCUUUAAACAAAAUAUUUACGAUGAGCUGCAUACUUUUGUUCAAACUCGGUUGAAGGCAAAGAUGAAAAUUAUUGAAGCGAUGUAUAUUCGGCAAUGUUGCGACUUGUUGGAUGGAUUAUUGCAAACAGACGAUGAUACAUUUGUCUUUUCUGCUGGGCAUGUCGAACGACUUUUCCUUUUUGCGCUGAUGUGGUCUCUUGGAGCCGUGUUGGAAUUAGAAGAUCGGGAUAAAUUGGCGGCUUUUGUGAUGGCACAUCCUUCGAAAAUGAAAUGGCCCAAACUUGAGGACGGCGAAUCAAUUUUCGAAUUUGUCGUUUCCGAAACUGGUCAAUGGGAACACUGGAAUCAACGUGUCAAGGAAUUCAUCUACCCCGACGACUCCGUUCCCGAUUAUUCGAGCAUUUUAGUCCCCAAUGUCGAUAACGUGCGAACCGCUUACUUAAUUGAUCUCAUUGCGAAACAAGAAAAAGCCGUUUUGCUGAUCGGCGAGCAAGGAACAGGAAAAACUGUCAUGAUCAAAACUUACACGAGUGCUUACGACCCGGAAUAUCAUUUGUACAAAAGUUUCAAUUUUUCAUCCGCCACAACGCCAAAUAUGUUCCAACGAAUUAUCGAAUCGUACGUGGAAAAACGCGUGGGAACGACUUACGGUCCGCCGCAACAACGAAAAAUGACAGUUUUUAUCGAUGACAUCAACAUGCCGGUGAUCAAUGAGUGGGGAGACCAGAUUACGAACGAAAUUGUGCGACAACUCAUGGAAUGCAAGGGAUUUUAUUCACUCGAUCGACCGGGAGACUUUUCCACGAUACUCGACAUUCAGUUGAUGGCAGCGAUGAUUCAUCCGGGAGGCGGUCGGAACGAUAUUCCGCCACGAUUGAAGCGGCAAUUUAAUAUUUUCAACUGUACCUUGCCGAGUGAUCGUUCGAUGGAUAAAAUUUUUACCGUUAUUGGCACGGGAUAUUUCUGCGCGACACGAUUUAAUGCUGAAAUUGUCAAUUUUGUGCCGAAAUUGAUUCCCCUGACGCGAGUUUUGUGGCAACGAACCAAAAUUAAGAUGCUCCCGACACCCGCCAAGUUCCAUUAUGUCUUCAAUUUGAGAGAUUUGUCUCGCAUUUGGGAAGGAAUGUUGACAAUUAAGGGACCAGAGUGUCAGGAAAUUGAAACUUUGUUGAAAUUGUGGCGACACGAGUGUCUCCGGGUCAUCCACGAUCGGUUCACGACCUUUGAAGAUCGCGAAUGGUUCGUUUCCGCCAUGGAUUCAGUGAUGGAGCAGAUGAUUCCCGAGCAUAAAGAGCAUUUUCCAGCAGAAGAUACGUACUUUGUGGAUUUCUUACGCGAUCCGUUAGAACCAACGGGAGAGGAAGAUGAAGAUGUCUCGCUUGAACCACCGAAAAUUUAUGAAGAGCUCCCAAGUUAUGAGGAAACGACACAACGAGUGCUGAUGUACAUGAGUCAGUUUAACGAGCAAAUAAGAGGAGCAAAUAUGGAUCUUGUGUUUUUCCGAGAUGCUUUGGUGCAUUUGAUCAUCAUUUCGAGAAUUAUUCGGACACCGAGGGGAAAUGCAUUACUCGUCGGUGUUGGAGGUUCAGGAAAACAAUCCUUAACUCGCUUGGCAUCAUUUAUCGCUGGCUACAAAUUCUACCAAAUCACCCUGACUCGCUCGUACAACGUUCAAAAUUUAUGCGAAGACCUAAAAUACAUUUAUCGCGUCGCCGGUCUCGAAGGCCAAGGAAUUUCCUUCAUUUUCACCGACAACGAAAUCAAAGACGAAAGUUUCCUCGAAUAUUUGAACAAUAUUUUAAGUUCUGGCGAAAUUGCAAAUCUCUUUCCCAAAGACGAGCUGGAUGAAAUUUUGAACGAACUAAUCGCCGUCAUGAAAAAAGUCGAUCCCAAACGCCCACCAACGCUGGAUAAUUUGUACGACUUUUUCAUCACUCGAUCUCGCGCGAAUAUUCACGUCGUUUUGUGUUUCUCGCCCGUUGGAGAGAAAUUCCGAAAUCGAGCUCUCAAGUUCCCUGGAUUGAUUUCCGGUUGCACGAUGGAUUACUUCCAAAAAUGGCCGACAGAAGCUCUGAUUGCCGUUUCGCAACAUUUUCUGCAGAAUUUCGAUAUUGUUUGCACACCGGAAGUGAAAUCGCAAGCGAUGGAAGUUAUGGCGAUCAUUCAAGAAAUUGUCUCGCAAACGUGUUCCGAGUACUACGAUCGGUUUAGGCGACAAGCUCACGUCACGCCAAAAUCAUUUUUGUCAUUUUUGGAUUCUUAUAAGAAAUUGUACGCAUCGAAGAAGGCUCAUAUUGACAUGUUGGCGGAACGCAUGCGAAAUGGCUUGAUUAAACUUGUGGAGGCUUCGGAAGCGGUGGAUGUGCUGAAAAAAGAGCUGGAAGUAAAAAAUAAAGUCAUCAAAGCAAUUACGGAAGAAGCGGAGAAAGUUAUGAUCGUGGCAGCGGCUGCCGAGGAGGCUGCGGGAAAAAUCAAGGACGAGGUGAUGGCGCAAAAUCAAAAGUUGGAAGCACUUUUCGAGCAAAUAACGCAAGAAAAGGCUGUGGCAGAGGAGAUGCUUGAAGCAGCAUUGCCAGCAUUGCAAGAAGCACAAAAAGCCUUAAAUAGUUUCUCCAAAGCUGACAUCGAUAACUUGCGUGUCCUCCGAAAUCCCUCUCCGAUGAUCAUGACCAUUAUGGAUGUUUGUUUAAUUCUCUUCAAAGAAAAAUUGGACAAAGUUACCAUCGCUGAAACCGGAUUUCCUCAACCUUCUGAAGCCCAAAUCAAGAAAGCAUGGGGCGAUCGCUUCUACGAAAGGAUGAAAACUUUCAAUGGUGAUGGCAUCACCGCAGAAGAUAUUGACUUGAUGCAACCUUACUUGCGACAUCCGAAAUACAACGAAAAAGACGCCGAAUAUUCGUGUCAAAACUUAAAAGGAGUUCUCGUGUGGACAGUUGCUAUGGUCAAAUUCUACAACGUCAACAAAGACGUGAUUCCGUUAAAAAAUAAUUUAGCGAUUCAAGAAAAACGCAGUCAAAAAGCCACAGAAAAGCUCGAAAAAGCCCAAAAACUCUUGGCGGAAAAGGAAGAAGAAGCAGCAGCUGCCACGCGUCAAAAACAGGAAGCUGAAGCGAAAGAAAAAGCAGCCAGAGACGAAUUUAACGCGAUUCAGGAGAAAAUGAAUCAAGCAGUUGCCUUAAUUACCGGCUUGGCAGGCGAAAAUGUUCGUUGGACGGAACAAUCUGCGCAAUUUAAGAGCGAAACGGAACGUCUCGUUGGCGACACGAUGAUUCUCACGGGAUUUUUAUCGUACACGGGUCCUUUUAAUCAAGAAUAUCGCAAUUCUUUGCUCAAAAAAUGGCAAGCCGAGAUCGUGAGUCGCAAAAUUCCGAUAUCAGCGAACAUCAAUAUCAUCGACAGCUUGGUCGACAGUGCCACGAUCGGAGAAUGGAACUUGCAAGGACUGCCAAAUGACGAUCUUUCCAUCCAAAAUGGCAUCAUUGUGACACAAGCAAGUCGAUUCCCGUUGCUUAUCGAUCCGCAAUCUCAAGGAAAAUUAUGGAUUUUGCAAAAAGAGAAGAAUUUCAACUUACGAGUCACGUCGUUGAACGAUAAAAACUUCCGAAAUAUCAUCGAAGAUUGCGUUUCUUUGGGAUAUUCGAUGCUAAUUGAGGAUGUCGGUGAAGAACUUGACCCCGUAUUGGACAACGUUUUGGAGAAAAAUCACAUAAAAGUCGGAAAUAGUUACAAAGUGAAGGUUGGCGAUAAGGAAAUUGACGUAGACGACAACUUCCGCCUCUUUAUAACGACAAAAUUAGCAAAUCCCUCAUACACCCCUGAGGUUUCCGCGAGAACUUCCAUCAUUGACUUCACUGUUACCAUGAAAGGUCUCGAGGAUCAGUUGCUUGGACGAGUAAUUCUCACCGAAAAACGCGAAUUGGAGGCAGAAAGGACGACUUUGUUGCAAGAUGUCAGCGCAAACAAGCGAAAAAUGCAAGAAUUGGAAGAAAAUCUCUUGCAUAAAUUGUCAACCACUGAGGGUUCCUUGCUCGACGACAUCAGUGUCAUCCAAAUGUUGAACGUCAGCAAACAAACAUCCACCGAGGUGCAAGAAAAAUUACGAAUUGCCGUCGUUACCGAGAAAAAAAUCAACACAGCUCGUGAAGAAUAUCGUCCCGUCGCCACCCGAGGCAGUGUUUUAUAUUUCCUCAUCUGUACCAUGGCUCUCGUGAAUUGCAUGUACCAAACUUCACUCGUUCAAUUCCUCGAAAGAUUCGAUAUUUCGAUGGCCGAAAGCGAAAAAAGUCCCAUUACGCAGAAACGGAUCGCUUUUAUCAUCGAAUACUUGACUUACGACAUUUUCAAGUACAAGUCACGUGGUUUGUAUGAAAUCCACAAAUUUUUGUUCGUUAUCUUGAUGGCUUUGAACAUCGAUUUGGACCGAAACGCGGUGACUCAUGAGGAAUUUCAAACGUUUAUCAAAGGAGGAGCUGCUUUGGACAUCAACACGUGUCCCCCGAAGCCCUUUAAAUGGAUCACGGACGUCACGUGGUUGAAUUUGGUGCAACUUUCGAACCUUCGUCCGUUCUCGAGCAUCUUGGAAAGUGUCACGAACAACGAAAAACAGUGGAAAUUCUGGUUUGAAAAGCCCGCGCCCGAGAAGGAAUUGUAUCCGGGAAGUUAUCAUGAGCUCGAUGUGUUCCGGAAGUUGUUAAUAAUUCGAACUUGGUGUCCCGAUCGAACAUUGUCGCAAAGUAGGGAGUACAUUAAAUCGUCUCUCGGUGCGAGAUUUGCUGAUCCGGUGAUUGUUGACUAUGAUUUGUUGCUGCAGGAGUCACGUCCAUUAACUCCGAUCAUUUGUUUCUUGUCGAUGGGCUCGGAUCCGACGCAAAGUAUUGAGAAACUCGCCAAAAUCAACGGGAUGAAAGUUAGUUGCAUCUCCAUGGGACAAGGACAGGAAAUUCAUGCGAGGAAACUCAUACAGGAUUCCGCGGAAAAUGGAUCUUGGGUUUUGCUGCAAAAUUGUCACUUGGGACUCGAUUACAUGAACGAACUUACCCUAAAAAUAAUGGAAUUCGAGAAAGAAGGCACCGGAUUUCACGAAGAUUUUCGUAUUUGGAUCACGACUGAGGUUCACAACGAUUUCCCCAUCACUUUGUUGCAACUUUCGAUCAAAUUCACGAACGAACCGCCAUCGGGAGUGAGAGCUGGAUUGAAAAGAACUUACGGAACGAUGGGGACAGACAUGUUGGAACAUAGCGAGUCACCAUUUUACCUCCCACUGAUCUUUGGCGUGUCAUUUUUGCAUACAAUUGUGCAAGAAAGACGUAAAUUUGGUCCGCUCGGAUGGAAUAUUCCGUAUGAAUUCAACUCGGCAGAUUGGUUGGCGUCGUGUUACUUCAUGCAAAAUCACUUGGAUGACUUGGCACCGGGAAAAACGUUGAGUUGGCCUGCAAUUCGUUACAUGUUGGGUGAAGUUCAGUAUGGAGGACGUGUCACAGAUGAUUAUGACAAGAGAUUAUUGAAUACAUUUGCGAGAUUUUACUUUAAAAAUCAAAUGUUUGAGGAAGGCACGGAGUUUUACACGGGAUAUAAAAUCAUGACGUACAAAAAUAUCGAGGAAUAUUUGGCGGAAAUUGAACAAAUGGCGGAAAUUGAUCCUCCGGGGGUUUAUGGAUUGCAUUUGAAUGCUGAUAUUACGUAUCAGACUAAUACAACGGACUUGAUUUUGGAUACGAUUCUUUCGAUUCAACCAAAAGAAUCUAGCGGCGGAGGAGGUGAAACACGAGAACAAGUAGUCGCUAGAUUAGCAAAUGAUAUGUUAUCGAAGCUGCCACCAAAUUACGAUCCGUUUGAGGUUCAAGAGAGAUUGCGACAAAUGGGACAUUUGAACUCCAUGAACAUCUUUUUGAGGCAGGAAAUUGACAGAAUUCAAAAGAUCAUCACCGUUGUCCGCAUCACCUUACAAGAACUUUUACUUGCAAUCGAAGGUUCCAUCAUCAUGAACGACCAACUACGCGACGCCUUGGACAACAUUUAUGACGCUCGUGUGCCUUCCGUUUGGCUUCGUGGCAGUUGGACCUCAUCUUCUAUCGGUUUUUGGUUCACCGAACUCAUCGAACGAAACAAUCAAUUCCGAACGUGGUGCUUCAAGGGACGUCCAAACAUGUUCUGGAUGACGGGCUUCUUCAAUCCGCAAGGAUUUCUCACUGCAAUGAAGCAAGAAGUCGCUCGCUUGCAUCAAUGGCCUUUGGAUCAAGUAGCGCUGAAUAACAAAGUACUCGAUAUCAUGGCAGAAGAAUGCAAAACUCCACCAGCUGAGGGCGUUUAUGUUUACGGUCUUUAUCUGGAUGGUGCUGGAUGGAAUAGAAGACGAACGCAAUUAACAGAGUCCACAAACAAAGUUCUUUAUACUCUGAUGCCAGUUGUUUUAAUUGAUGCUAUUCACUCCACGAGUCCAAAAAGCCCAAAAUUGUACGAAUGUCCGGUUUACAAGAAGAAAAAUCGAACAGAUUUGAAUUUUAUUACUCCCUUGUGGCUUAAUUGUCCUCCGGAUGAGACUAAAGGUCCGGAUCAUUGGGUUUUACGAGGUGUUGCAUUAUUAUGUGACACGAAAUAA